AUGACAGGUUUGCUGAAUAAAGAUGGCAUCAUUCACAAGGUGGCGACAGAUUACCAUCCCCAAACAAAUGGCCAACCAAGGUGUCCAACAGAGAGAUCAAGCACAUACUCGAGAAGAUUGUUAAGCCUCAUAGAAGGGGACUGGAGCUCUAGGCUUGGAGACGCGAUAUGGGCUUAUCGGACAUCUUACAAGACACCCAUCGGCAUGAGUUCGUUCCACCUAGACUACGAAAAGGCUUGUCACCUUCCGGUAGAGGUGGAACAUAAAGCUUACUGGGCUGUGAGGGAAUGCAACUCAGGAUUGGGAGGAGCUGGAAUUGAAAGAAAAUUACAAUUGGAGGAAUUGGAGUGCCUUCGGCUAGAAGCGUAUGAAAACUCAAGGCUCUACAAAGAAAAGGUGAAGGCGGUACAUGAUAGGAACAUCAAGAGAAGAGAGUUUAGAGCUGGGAUCAAGCCCUUCUUUACAACUCCAGGUUGA